AUGGCGCUGGGUGUCCGGGUUAUAACUUCUUCUGGAGCCGACUUCACACCCUCCAUCGGUUCUGGAAUGGGGUCUUGUCCAGUUCAGGGACCCCAGUCAGACUGUCGGACUCGGUACCAGCUUUUACUCUCAGGGCGAGCUUUAGCUGAACGAUAUAGGAGGAUUUAUACCACUGCUAUCAGCGAUAAAGAGCAAGGGAUAAGUCAAGGAAGGGGAAAGAAAGCUCUAAAUAAGAAGAAACUUAAAAGGCGUCAGAAGGUCAAAUCAAAAGUAAAAUCCAGAACAAAGCCCAGGAGGACGGAGCCGGGACAGGGCGCCCUCAGGGACUCCACUCCUCAAUCACACUGCCAAUAUUUAUGCAAACAUAAAGUCAAGAAAGCUUCCUUGCUCAUCUCCUCUUUCAUCUGA